AUGUCAACUCCUCCUACAUAUAUCAACCAACAACAACAGUCUGUCUACUUUGAUGAGAACAACAAUUCUGGCUGUUAUCCUUCUACCAACUUCACCGUGAUGCCUCCUCCUGUGGGGUACUGUCAACAUUCUGCCAUGUUACCGCCCAACCACCACUGUACGUGUAAAGAAUACAGUCAAAAUUAUUAUCUACAAUCACACUCUCGUCGACCUCCCGGUACUUUGAACCCUGCCAUCGGUAUACCCUUGGGAAUCUGUACGGCUGGUCUUUCUUCUGCUGCAAUGGGUAUUUAUAGAGGCGUCAAAGAACAUCAAGCUAGAAAAAGACACCUAAAGGCACAAAAGGAAGAACCCAAGAUCAAAGUCAAAAAGGAAAUGGAUCAAGUAUCGGCGUCGCCAGCGGCAGCUAUGCCGGUCGACACGUACGCCCGACCUUCUACAGUGUCACAGACCCCAGAGAUGCCAGGUGACGGUUUCGUAGGUGGCAAUUUGGCCACUCUACCACCACCGUCGGCAGACGAGACAUCACAUUAUCCCACUUCUCCAGACUCGUCGCUGCUCUCACCUACACACUCUGAGUUGUCGUCCUCAUCGUCAGGGUCAUUUCGCAAAGUCGGAACCGUGUCGGAAAUAGACAGCACCCCCAUCGAGCCUCCUCCAGAGUACUAUGAAAAGUGUUGAGAGUGGAGGUUGGUUGAGAUCGAUGUGAAAAGAGUUUGACGAGUAUAAAGGAUACUGGGAUGACUUGUAUGGGCUUCAACAAUG